AUGAAUUCCCAAGCUCAACCCUCGUCGUCAAACCCGUCGGCAUUCGACACUUCAUCGCCAGGAUCAAUUGACUUCAAUUUUCCUUUCGCGGGCAGCCCGCAUGGGAGCAGCAAUAGUGGUAUUGACGUCCCUCCAGACUUUCGCGCGACCCAAGGUCAGGGUUUCGCCAAUCGAGGUUCUGGGCCGGAUGCUGCACGAUAUGCUCCUGCCAGAGUCCCCAGUCCGCAGCACCGGCCUAGUCUAGCCAGCAUUGACUCCGCCUUUGAUCGCGACCUGUUUGGAACUGCGGCACUGAACCAAUGGACUCCAACCACCUCAGCCAACCAGGCUGUCAGCAAUGCAGAUUCUUCACCAAAGCAUGCAAGCACCACUGACCCGGACAAGAAACUGGUGCCAGACGAUGGGAAUGCUCCAGCAUGGAGUGAGCUGAAAACGAAGGCUGGAAAGGAAAGAAAACGCCUACCCCUGGCCUGUAUCGCAUGUCGACGCAAGAAGAUAAAAUGCUCGGGAGAGAAGCCCGCUUGCAAGCACUGCCUACGCGCGAGGAUCCCUUGCGUCUACAAGGUCACCACCAGGAAAGCAGCACCACGAACCGAUUACAUGGCCAUGCUGGACAAGCGAUUAAAACGAAUGGAAGAUCGAGUCAUUCGCGUGAUUCCAAAAGAGGAACUGCCAGACUUUGCCACUACCGGACGCGCUUCCGUUCGCCCGCCAAUACCUGGGUCCGCGGUGAAGAAGGAGAAAAACCAACCCAAGAAACGUUCCGCCGAUGAAGCCUUCACUCAGGAAUUGAGCGACUGGAGGAGUUCCCGGGAGAAACAGACUUUGCUCGACCCAAUAGCAGGGCUCAACCAACAGCGCGAAGGCGAAAACAAGCUUUUCAUCGAAGGCUCCGAGUCUCUCCCACCUCAGCAUAUCCAGGAACAUCUAGCGGAGGUCUUCUUUGACUGUGUCUACGGGCAAUCCUAUCUGCUCCUCCACAAACCGAGCUUCACGCGCAAGCUGAAAGCGGGCACAAUCCCACCUGUCUUGAUCCUGGCCGUCUGCGCCAUCUCAGCUCGAUUCUCGACUCAUCCACAAGUCAGCACUGAACCAGCCUUCCUCCGUGGCGAACAAUGGGCAACACCUGCCCGUCGGAUUGUAGAAAAGCGCCAUUACGAGCCCAACAUCACCAUCCUCACCGCCAUGCUCAUGCUGGGCUUGCACUACUUUGGCACAUGCGAGGGCGGUUUAUCCUGGUCUUUCGGUGGUCAAGCAAUGCGCAUGGGUUACGCCUUACAGCUCCACCGUGAACUCGAGCACGACCCUCUGGGUCGGAGCCAGAUCGCCAACUCGAAUGACUCGAGCAAGAGAGGUCCCAAACCACCCGAAUUGUCCUUCACCGAUCGCGAGAUCCGUCGCCGCACAAUGUGGGCAUGCUACCUGAUGGACACGUUCAACUCUUCCGGCACCGAACGCCCAUCUUUCCUAAAUGAAGAUUACUACCAGAUCCAGCUGCCGAUCAAAGAGUCGCAUUUCCAAAUGGAAGUCCCCGGUCCGACCGAGGACCUGUACGGGAACAUUCCCAUGUCGAACAAAAACUCACUUGACAACACCGGCGACGAUGCCGCCGAAGCCAAAGCCAACAUGGGUGUAUCAGCGUAUAUCGUGCGCGGCGUCGUCCUCUGGAAACGCAUAGUCAAGUACCUCAACUUAGGCGGCAAGGACAAAGACCCACACCCAAUCUGGGACUCACUCUCGCAAUUCGCGACGCUGCAGCGGCAGAUAACCCAGCUGAAAACAUCAUUGCCCGACGAUCUAUCCUACACGCCCGAGAACCUCGCGGCACACGCAUCAGAGCGUCUCGCCAACCAAUUCCUCUUCUUGCACAUCGUCCUGGCACAAACAUCGCUAUUUCUGCACCGCUUCGCCAUCCCGACCGUGCCAUCCCGCCGACCACACCACCACGCUUACACGGCGGCUGGCAUGCCCAAGACAUUCCUGUCCAACAGCGCCAACACGGUCAUCGAGGCUGCGAGCCUCAUCUCCAAGAUCAUCGCGGAUAGCGCAGGGCACACCCUCACCGUGCCCUUCGCAGGGUACUGCGCUUACGCCGCGGCCACAGUCCAUGUCUGGGGCAUCUUCAGCAAGAACCCCGGGCUCGAGAACGCGUCCAAGGAGAACCUGCGGCACAACUAUAAAUACUUGACCCGCAUGAAGCGCUACUGGGGCAUGUUCCACUACAUGGCAGAGAGCGUCAAGGAGAAUUACCGCGCGUUUGCCGACGCCGCGAUGCGUAUGCGUGGCAAUCCGUCAAAUGGGCUACGCUCAGAGAUCCUCCUGCGUCACCAGGGGUCUGGGUCCAACGAGAUCAGUAUCCCCAUGGACCUCGACGCGGUGCAAGGCUCGACAAACCCGCCUUCACGCGCCGAGACGCCCGGUGCCGAUCCCAAGCACGGCAUGACUUCCUCUGGGGGUUCCAGCAAGGCCAUGUUCCAGUACGGCGACUGGUUCGACAAGUACCCGCACGGCGUCAGCGAGAGCGAGUGGGAGAAGUCGCACCUCGAGUAUCGUCGCGAAGCGGGCACCGCCGAGGCCGUCAUGAGUCAGCGCAGUGAUCUACAAUCUGUGGAGGAGUUCUUUGCCAGCUUGAGUCCGCCGAGUAAGGCCGACGACGGACCUGGUGCGCAGCGAGGCAAGAAAAUCGCACGAAGGCGAGGAAAGAGCGUGGCGGACAACAAGAAAGACGCGAGCAAGAAUUCUUCAGCUAUUGUUACUUCAGCCGGUCCAUCGACUGCGGCUGGACCAUCGCAAGCCCAAUCUGCAACACAACAAACCAAGCCACUAUCAGGUGCAAACGUGGUUCAACCAUUCAACCCGGCCGACUUUGACAUUACAUCGCCGACAUUGUACCAAACGCCACAGAUCGGUGGGCAGCAGUCAUCACAAGCAGGUGACCCCUACACAUUUGGGGACUCGACAUUGCCGUACGGGCCUUUCAGUUGGAUCAACACUCUUCCAGCCAUCGACAGACAAAUGGUCUUCGGUGCCUAUACCGGCAUUGAUCCUUCAAAUGACUCCAACCAAGGCGCUUCCACCCUGACCAAUCUCAACCAUGAUUCGCCUACUCUGGGAAACUUUGGCAGUACAAAUCCUUGGGACCAGUUGGACCUCAAUGGAUUUGGUUACAACGACCCUCUUGCCGGCGGGACUGCUAUGAUGGACACAGGUUCUUCAGCCUGGAUGUUGCCCUUCAACGUCGAGCCGCCGAGUUUUGGUGGUGGGCUGGAAGACUUUGGGAACUCCGCGCUGGAUGGCAUGGAUUUCAGCGACAUGUCUGGAACUGGAGGCUUAGGAGGUGGUGAGACUGGUAGUCAGUUCCCAGACCAGAAAUCGGGUUCCUGA